GCUCCGACACAGAGAGAGAGGGAGGAGGAGGAGAAGAGAGAGAGGAGGGGGGCGACGGGGAAAGAGAGUGGCACAGAGUGAGUGAGUGGAAAAAAAUUCAGUGAAGAGAAGGAGAGAAAAAAAAACUGUGCCCCAGACUGUUUUUUUUUCCUCCCUCUCUCUCUUUUUCUUCAGACAUGGUCUCUCGCUCUGUGUUGUUUUGACUGUGAGAAUAAUAAUAAUAUGACGUGGACGUGUUGAAUAUGCAACACUGCAGGGCGACUAAACUAAUGAGCUAGGUUAACUUAGUUAAUUUACCGAGCCCAGGCAGCGGCAGCACGUCGCUCAGCUCUAACUCUAGCUCUACCCAGCCCUCGUCCAUCGGCACGACGCGCCUCUCAGAUUCUCUCCGGCUCUUUGAAGACCGCUAAAGUGAGCCGCUCUCGGACCGAGGCGGCGUUUUUCACCGGGCUGGAGCCGCCGAGAGCCGUAGCCUCGACGCGAGUCAGAGAGGGGAACGGUAGGGGGCCGAGCGGAGCGAGUGAGCAGAGCGAGUGAGAGAGAGUGUGGAAAAGCCAGGAGCGGAGUGAAAGUAGAAAAGUUUAGCGAGGAGUUUGUGCGGCUUAAGCACGGCAAGAGGAACAACGACGGAGAAGAGAGAUUCACAACUCAACUGACUGUCCGACUGGCUUCAAAUUAGAAAGCGAGCUAACGAAAUAGCUACGCUACUACUACUACUAUCGACAUGAAGACCCCGGGGGACUCGGGGUUUGCCUUUCCAGACUGGGCCUACAAGCCGGAGUCGAGCCCCGGCUCCAGACAGAUCCAGCUCUGGCAUUUUAUUCUGGAGCUGCUGAGGAAAGAGGAGUACCACGAUGUCAUCGCCUGGCAGGGUGACUACGGCGAGUUUGUCAUCAAGGAUCCAGAUGAGGUGGCGCGACUAUGGGGUGCCCGCAAGUGCAAACCGCAGAUGAACUACGACAAGCUCAGCCGAGCACUCAGAUACUACUACAACAAAAGGAUCCUGCACAAGACCAAGGGGAAGAGAUUCACUUACAAGUUCAACUUCAACAAGCUGGUGCUGGUCAACUAUCCAUUCAUAGACAUGGGAUCUGCAGGCUCAGGGGUUCCCCAAAGUGCUCCCCCUGUCCCCUCUGGAGUGGGCACUCAUUUCCGUUUCCCUCCAUCCACGCCGUCAGAUGUGCUCUCCCCCAGCGAGGAGCUGCGCAGUCCAGGUGUCUUCAGCGCCGUUGCUCGUCGCAUGGCCCGCGGCUCCGUCUCCGACUGCAGCGACGGCACCUCCACCAACUCCGAGCUGGAAGAAGCUGGUUUAGCUGCAGGUGAUGAGCGCCCAGCCGACCGUGCCUUCAGAAACCUCCUUCACCCUCGCCUCUCCCAUGAUUCCCUCUUCCGUGUCUACGGUGCCCCUCCCAACCCACCGGGGAUGCCACGUGGAGGCCCCCACGCACCCCCACACAGGGUGCACCCUGAGCCCCUCUCUCCCUUCCCUGUGUCCCCUCUACCAGGUCCUGGAGGUCUGCUGGCUCCACCUCUCUCUCCAGCUUUGUCUAUGACCCCUACUUCACACCUGCCUUACACCCCAUCCCCCUCCCUGUCUCCAAUGCUGGGCUCUCAUUUCUCCUUCAAUCCAGAGGACAUGAAGCGCUACCUGCAGGCUCACACCCAGAGCGUCUACAACUACCACCUGAGCCCCCGCGCCUUCCUUCACUACCCCAACAUAGUCAUCCCUCAGCCUCAGCGCCCGGACAAGGGGAUAGGAGGCUCCGCGGCGGCUCCACACCUCCCCACCCAUCCCAUACACCAUCACCAGUCCGAGGACCCUCACCUCUCGCCUUUCAAGUUCAAGCUGCAGCCUCCGCCACUUGGACGCAAGCAGAGAGAAGGCCCGCUGGCUGCCGGAGCAGGACACGCCCCCUCAAUCACCUCCUCAGGACUAGGCUCCUCCUCCAGUCAGGGUUCUAACUGUGCCUCAUCUGGACUGAUGAACAGUAGCUCAGGAGGGCCACCAAAGAUCAAGGUCGAGCCCAUCUCGGACAUCGAAUCAGAGGAAGAGGUGGAGGUCACAGACAUCAGUGAAGAAGAUGAUAAUUGCGAUGUCUUUGGCCCACCCCACUCCAACGGAGGCCCUAUUCCUCCCCAGUGUCCUGACGGCAUCAUGGAUGAAGACGAGCUCGAGGAAGACGUCUUCAAGACCCCGGCUGCUCCGACUUCUGGCAACGGCCUCGCCCUGCUGGGCCUCAAAUCCGAGCCCAGAGAGCUCGGUCUGGGCCAAGGUCCUCCCAACAGUCCCGGAGGAACCCGCUGCAUCCCCCUGAAACUCCGCUUUAAGCGACGCUGGAGCGAGGAUCAGCGCAUGGAGGCUGAAGCCGAGGAGGCCGAGGACAAGAAGAGCCGCGGUGAGAGGGAGGAGCCCGUGCAAGAGACGGAGCCUAAAAGGAUGGAGGAGAACGGAGAGCGGAAGAGUCCGGUCAAUUUGGCUGCACCCCUGGGCACAGGCCAGCGGAGAGUGAGCUCAGAGCUGCAGAGAGCGACGGCGCAGCUCUCCUUGGAGAACAAUGGCUGCUGAGGAGACGUAAAUGCACACUCGCUGACAAAGAUGGCCUCGUGACGGCCUGUGAUUUAAUGACUUAGUUUUAUGGGACUUGGAUACAAACUCAAGUGCAUUCAAAACCUUUGGCUGACAACAGAACAAAUCUACACACGGUCCUUCAUACCAGCUUUCCUCGCAAGAAUGUCCGAAGUAUCGCCGCACAUCGCCGAGCGUGCUUACAGAAACACAGCUUCUCUGAUUUUUAAAGUGCAGAGACACUAAGAAUGGCUAGAACUGACCCCCCCUCCUCCUCCUCCUCUUCCUCCCUGUUACACAUUUAAGCAUCACCCCAGAUCCUUAAACCUCUACCAUCCACGACUGACCUACCAUCUACUGACCGAACCCACGAUCGUCUUGGCUGUACUCAUGCUCAUGCUUAUCAUCACCAUCACCAUGGACAUGGAAAUGGAUGUCUUUAUUCAACUGCACCCCCAAGAGACCCUUUUUUGGGAUAUGGGGACACCCCAAUGCCUUUAAACACAACACAUUAAAUAUUUAGAUUACAGAGAUAAGAGAUAAGUGCCUGAAUUGGGGAGAAGAAGGCAUUGCACUCAUCUACAGAUCUAAAACCGUGGAUGAUGAUGAUGAUUAUGAAGUAGAAGAAGAAGAAAAAGAAAAAGAAGAGGUGGGCACUCUCCAAACAGAUAACAGAAAGAAAAACAGCCUUAUCCCACCCCGAACCAUGAAGACCCUAUUCUUUUUACAUUGUUGUACAUGGUUGUACACGGUAUCUGGGGCUGUGGUUACGCCCAACCUCACCUGGAGUUCAUUGGAGGCUCCAGGAUCUAACCGCACAGCACACAAGAAGGUGGUCGGCCACUUUUGUUCACAGAUCUGAACUUUCAGAUAUGAAAAGAUGGUCCCCCCAGACCAGAUGCAGGCAGAUGCAGUUCCUUAACGCAACUCCAGGGCCACAACUCUCAGAGACAGGGACACACCUUCUGAUCAAACCUCUAUCCUAUUUUAUUCUAUUCUAUUCUAUUUUAAUUCUUAUUUUAUUUUUUGGCCUUUGCUUCCGAAACAGGGCCUCUAUCCUUAGUCACUGCCUCAGAACUUUUGAUGCUAACUGCUAAGCACUGCCUUUUAACGUCCUUAAGGUCCAACAAGGAGUCUGGAGGCCCAGCAAACCAACCACCUCGCUCCCCCCUCUAAACCAGCCCUGUUCUUUCAAAUCAGCCUAAUUUACGGGACCACUUCUUGAUCAUCUUCGGACCCAAAUGUUGUACAUACUACAUCCCUAAUGCAGCAAUGCAGAAAUGCAGAUUCGUAGGCUGUGUUUUUUUUUUUUUUUUUUUUCGUACCUUGUUUAAGAUGGACCUGGAUCAACCCCGGGCUGCAAAACAAACAAAAAAAAACUAAUACGUAUGGAUCCUGUAUGAUGACUGCUUUUCUCCCAGCUUUUUCUUGUUGUGUUUUUGAGCAGUUUUAAUGCUAAAAGAAUCCGUGGGGAGAAGUUCUCUUAGAAGCUGAGGAUGAUGGGAUGAUGGUUGAAUGUGUGGUGAAUUAAAGGUUUUUAGCACAUGCUUUUGAAGCUCUUGAAACCUAACAUAACAUAUAAAAGGAAAAAAAAAAGAUAACAAGGAGGGUUUGAGAGCAAAAAUCUCAGGCAUAUUUCACGAAGACCUAACCUCAACUAUAUAGAUUCACUUAGAAUAUAGUCUCUGUAUUUCAAUAUUUCGAAGGAAAAAAAAAAAGCCUUUUAAAGAACAAAAAGUGAGAUUGUGCCUUUUUGUACACAAUAUAGGAGACUUGCUUCCCUAUGCUUUUGAGUAUGCUCCCACAGUCACACACACAUAUAUAUAUAUAUUUACAUGCACACACAGACACACGGAAGCCUUAGAAACAUGACCUCAAACACUGCUAUUAUGCCUUUGUUUUAUAUUUUUUUAGCAUAUAAGAAAAAAGAGAAAAUAUCCUAAAUUAGAUCGAACAUGAAAAAAAAGCCCAUAUGUUCUCUAUGUAUUGCAAAUAUUAAAAUGUUAGUUACACAUAUAUAUUUGAUACAAAUGAUCUAUAUUCAAAACUCAAACUGGUUUUGAUAAGAUUUCUAUUUUUCAAAAGAAGAUAAGAAUAUAUGGAGAAUAAAUAAGGUGAUCAUAAGGUGACCUCACACAUAUUUAGUUACAGGGAUCCUACAGUGCUUUAUUUUGAAUGAAUGAAGUGUUACUGGAGAAAAGCCAGCCAAAAUGACUGUAAAUGAUUCAGAUCAAUCAUUCAGAACUGAAGCUUGUAUUUUAUGGCCUUUUUGUGUAUUUGCGUGCCCAGAAUACACACAUACACACGCACACACCCAUCCAAAUAUGCCCACUAGAAUGCCUGCUUAUAUAUUACUGUCCUCUAUGGCUAGAGAUAAUAUUACUGUUAACUGCAUUUGAUAGCUGUCGCAUGAUUGCUGCCUUGCCUUUCCUGUGUCUGUCUGGUGCGCACCAUCAGAAAGUAAUGCUACACACAUGCACAUGCGAGAGGUGCAGUGCAUUUAAACAGUAGGGGCAGUUCACCACUACUCAAAACAGCGUCAGAAAUGGCAAAUUGCUUUCAUCUGUUUGAUGAUUUGUCUCAGGCGUAACACAUAAAUAAGUAUGUGGAUGAACAGUUACGUUCACAGUGCAAGCAGUUGACGCAUGGUGAACGCAUGGCCAAACAGGAACUAUGGAACUAUGGCUGUAUCUGAAUCGUGAGGGAGGCUGCUUUCUGCUCAGACUUUUAAGGAUCCUUAGUUGAGUCUAAAUCAAAGUUAAAGAAGAUGAACCUGAGUACAAACUUCUGUCAAAUAGCCCACCUACCUUUAACCCCAGGAUUAGCCGAUGCUCCCAGCAGACUUGCUAGCAAUAGGGACAUAGCGUUGCCAGUACCUUUAGGUAGUUCUUUAGGCCAUCUUGAAAUCAAGUCAUGAAAUUAAGUCGACUGACAAGGAUGGAUGAAUAGGUAGGAUAGGGGAACAGAUUGGAAAAUGAAUUCAGUGGAAAUGCAUGAAAUUUAAAGAGAUCUUUUCAGUUGAUUGAAGGUACUUUGAGUAUAAACAGUGUUUUUUAAUAAACUACCUGUGCACUUUCAAAGUUCAGUGCCUUGUUUUAAAUGUCAGAGCCUUCAGAAUUAUACCAAUGAAGUGUGCAGUUAAUUUGAGCUUGUUAAUGGUGUAAAAAUAGAAAAAAAUCUUUGCAUGGGUAAAAUUAUGCCCCUAUCACUAACAUUGUAAGCUUGUUGGGAGCAUUGGCUAAUAGCGCUGUAUUUCUGAAUGCUAAUGGACGAGCAGAGGUGAGCUAUAUUGACAAAAGUUUGUACUGAUUAUCAUCUUUCACUAUACCUCAAGUCCAUUUCACACUGGGUUUCUCCUUUAAGCAAAUGCGACCUUUGAGUUGAAUUUUAAUAGUUAAAAAUUGAAAUUGAUAAUGGCAACAUGACAACAUUGCUAAACACUCAUUUAGCCUUCCUGUUGUUUCCUGCCUGAUUCGGUUACUGAGACCUUUAUAAUGAAGUGAGACAGCAUAGGCUGCAAGGCAUCAAGUCAGCCACCUCCAGUUUGAGACACAGCCUCAAUCUUUAGCCUGUGAAGCCCUCCAGAUUCAAAAUGCUCAUUUCUACCCCUGGUAUGGAAUGAGAAACCCUGGACCGGACAGUUCCCAGAACCUGCCCAAUCACAGCCGCCUUACAAUGUGACCAGUGUGAAAACACAACUCAACUCAUAUGGGACUUGUCAUAGACUAGGAUGUUAAUGGGCAUUUGAUCUAACAGCGCGUCGUGUGAUGCUUCACUGACAUAACCCAUUAAUUAAUCUGAGCGCCUGCAGUCACUUAAGAGGCAAGCUGCUACACAUUCGUUCCACAGUAUGGUUUCGGUUAUGCUUAAGUCACAUUUUUUAUUUUUCCCCAGUCAUCACCCCCACCCACUCACCCUCUCACCCUGUAUAUCUCACACCAAAAAAGUGUUCAUUACGCUGAGUACAUACUGUGGUAAUCAGCAGGCAGUACAGGCUUUUGCUCACAGCUUUAGCCCCCCAACCCCCUUAUUAUUCACCUUUUCUUUUUCUUUUUUUCUUGUUAUUUUCUUCCCAUCAGAUUCAGUUCUUCAGUACAGCAGCCUUACUACACCAGCUUAGUGUCUGUACUCACCCUGACAACUGCCUAGCUCACUUAUAUUCGUAAACACACAUUUAUUUAGUUUCCCUCUCUCUCUCUCUAUCUCUCUCGCUCUCUCUCUCUUCAGUAUAAACAUUGCUGUUGUUUUUGUAAUACCUAUUGUUCUUAUUAUUAAUAUUAUCAUUUAUUAUUUUUAACAGUGAUAUUACUGAUUUUUUUUUCUUUCCUACCCCUUUUCCUGAAGAUUAGCUUCGUAAGAUUAAAAUCUUUAACAGCAUAUUCUGCAAACCUUUGUUCCUAUGAACUACAUAAUGGCAAAUACAGUUUUCUGGCUUUGCAUCUAUGCUGGUUUUAUUUGUAAUUAUAAAAAAAAGAACCAGUUAAAGGGGGAGGGGUAACAUUUGUUAUUGUUAUCAUGUUCUUUUUAUCUUAAUAUGUUCUCUUUUUUUGAUCUAUCGUGUACAUAUAUUUUUUCCAUUUUGGGGACUAUGUAAGAAAAAGACGUUGUAUUUCUUUGUGUAUAAGGUCUCUUCCUUUUCUAUUCAUUUAUCAUCAUCUCUCACACACUCACACUUGUGUUCUUUCUCUCUCUCUAUCUCUCUCUCUCAGCGGUUAUGUAACACUCUAAAGAAGAGAUGAGACUUGACAUCAUGAGGAAAUGUGUAUGCUUUAGUUUUUUCUUGUAUUUUUUUUUUCCUCUUGUAAUUAAAACUGUAAUCAGGGUUCAUUAAAAACCGGUAAACAUGGAUCAAA